AGUCAUCAUCCACGAUUGACCUCCGCAUUGAAGUGUGAAGAAAUUGGGUUAAUUGGCCGAUUGUUCGUUGUUCGCACCAACUCAUACCGAUCCAUCUGCUCGCUCUCUACCCUAUAGGUUCCAAUUGCAGAGUCUCGGUUGCAUAUAAACCCUAAAACCUGCCGUAUCAAUGCUAUCAAACCCUUCUCAUCCUUAAAGUGUUGUAAGCAUACAGAUUUAGUUUUAUUUGUUCGCAGAAGAUUGGAAAUUGGAAGAUGGAUAUUGAAGAAAGGCAAGCGGAGCAUAUAGAGUACUUCGUGAAGCAAGCGUCAGCCCUCAAAGGUUCCGCCUUAUCCACCACCGUCGUCGUCGAGGCCACUUCUCAUCCCUCUCUUUUCGCUUUCUCCGAGAUUCUCUCCGUUCCCAACGUUCUAGAGCUCGAAGGAACUGAGAAUUCUAUUUACCUCGACUUGCUUAGGAUGUUUGCUCAUGGAACAUGGACUGAGUAUAAAAGUAUUGCUGGAAGGCUUCCUCAAUUGGGACCUGAUCAAGUGCUCAAGUUGAAGCAACUAACUGUGCUUACACUGGCUGAAACGACCAAGGUGCUGCCAUAUGAUUUACUUAUGCAUGAGUUGGAUAUCACAAAUGUCCGUGAACUUGAGGAUUUCCUCAUCAAUGAGUGUAUGUAUGUGGGCAUAGUUAGGGGAAAGCUGGACCAGUUGCGUAGAUGCUUUGAGGUGCAAUUUGCAGCAGGGAGGGAUCUCAGGCCUGGUCAAUUAGGGAGUAUGAUAAAUACACUAACUAAUUGGUUGACUACUUCAGACAAUCUUCUCAUAUCAAUUCAAGAGAAGAUCAAAUGGGCAGAUACAAUGAGUGAGUUGGACAAGAAGCACAAGAAGGAUAUGGAAGAAAAGGUUGAAGAAGUAAAGAAGUCCUUGUCCUUCAAGAAGUUACAAACAAGCAGGCGGACAUCGACUACAGAGGGCAUGAGGAGAUGUACUCUGAACCUGGUGGAGUGAUGGAUUAUGAAGAAGACCGAAGCCGGCCCAAGAGAAGACGGCAUCCUAUUGGUUGAGGCCUGAGGGAUGGAGUGAAUGUGGAUCGGUUUAGUCAGGCUACCACCACCAGCCAGCCUUUUGUUCAUUGGCCAUACCAACAACGCGUGAUUGCUUGCUUGCUGCUUUAGAUAAUGUUGUUGCCUUGGAAUUGAGCUCUUACAAAAUCAAAUUUUAGACUUGAAGUAUUGACAGUACAAGCUUUUGUAUGUAAACCUCAUUGACUUUUUUAUUUUUUAAAGUUGGCACAAGAAGAUCAAGUACGGGGAAGCAGCUGAAGUUUAUCAUACCUAUCAAUGUGCUUUCGUUCACUCACCGCCGUGAUGGAAUAUGUUAGAUCCAUCACUCUGAAUUACAGAGUACAUUAUAUAGUUGCUAAAAUUAGUUUGAUGAAUGUAGGAAUGGUUUGAUUUUUACUGCGAAAAUUUCAGUUUCCCCAAUGAAUGGAAUUCCUUGGAUGCGUUUCAGCUC